CGCGCAGCACUUUUCUCUGGAUAGCAGCAACUCUAUUCCAGAGGGCUCAAGCCCAUUUCCAUGGAAACGCGGUCACAACUUCCAAACAGUCUGCCUCCACUCACAGCGGCUUCUUACUCCGCUUUCACAAUGAAUUUAGAAAAUUCCUUCGUCCUCACGAGUAACGAUCUGGAACCAACAAAAUAUGGAGUCAAAACAGGAUACCAUACAAAAAAUGGCCACAUCUCACAGAUCCCUGGACUGUCCCCAACUACCAGCACUCUUCCCGAGGAGAGGAUCCGAGGGCGAAGAGUCGGAGUCCUAGAGAGUGACUCUGAUUAUGUAAAGCUUGCAAAACAAGGAGGGCAUAAGGGACUUCUGUGGCACGAGGAAUCAGUUAUUUCUAAACCCAGUUCAUACAAACCUCCAGAUUGGUUUGGCUUUGAAUCAGGAGACUUAAGCGAGCCAAGUGAAGACAACAAAAACCCUGGAGCUUUUCAACCACAAGGACCUCCUUUUGGGAGCGACAACAUGUCAGCCUGGGAAAGAGACAACAGCAGCAACAAUGAGAAAGAGGAGGACAACAUUUCUGUCCACCAAAGUGAGACAGAGAAGUUGCAGACAUCCAGUCAAUAUCAUGAGGCCAGCAAAUUCAGGAGGAUAGUAAUUGACAAGAAACCAGCCCCUGUUGACAUGUCAAAGCUGCUCAGCUUUGGUUAUGCAGAAGACAGCAAACCAGUAUAGUGACGUGUCAAAUCGGAAGACUGCCAGGAUGGGCCUGGAUGGGAAAAGCGCGUACAAGAUUCAUCCUGAGACACAUCAAGCAUUUUACUUUGUUUAAAAAAAAAUUUGUCUUGUUAAAUCUUUUACUCGAGCAUUAAAGUGCCUCACUGAAUUACA